GAUUCUGCUUUCGUUGUUAUUGCCGCCGUCUCGCCGUCAUUGUUGUAUUCUGACCACUUAUCAGAAACAAAAUGAUUUUUUCGAAAACCCGAUUUUCAUGUCCUUUUAUCCUGCUGAUGUUCUCAAGUCAUGUCUUGAUAUACUCUGAGGCUGCAAUGGACACAAUCACACCAGGCCAUUACCUGAAUAGCUCAGCAGCAAUUGUUUCUGCUGGUGAAAUAUUUGAGUUAGGAUUUUAUCUACCUACCAAUUCAGUGAAUUACUAUUUGGCAAUCAUGUACAAGAAUAUCCGGGAAGAUCGAGUCGUUUGGAUAGCGAACCGGGAUUAUCCAGUUACCACUUCGGCCUUUUCCUACAUAGGUGAUGACGGUAAUCUAGCGAUUAGGCAAGGUAGGAUCAUUUACAUGGUGACAGAUUUGAAAUUAGCCAAUGCAAAUGUGAGUGCUACAUUGCUUGAUUCGGGAAAUCUUGUUUUGAGAGAUGAAAAUUCUAGCAUCUUAUGGCAGAGCUUUGAUUUCCCUUCCCACACUUUCUUGCCCGGGAUGAAACUCGGAUACGAUACGAGGAUCGGGAAAACUUGGUCAUAUACCUCAUGGCGGAGUUAUAAUGACCCGAGUCCUGGAAAUUUUACCUUCCAAUUGGAUCCCGGACCUGAGAAGCGGCUCGUGAUCUUGAACGGAGAUGAGAUAUACUGGAGAUCAACUAGGCCAUGGGGAGAUGAAUCCAGGCUUUUCGAAUUCCCUCGUGAAACAAAGAUGAACAUGUACAACUUCAACUUUGUUUCCGAAUCCGAUACAUCUUAUCUCACGUACCAACUCUAUAGAACAGACAUGGUUAGUCGGUUUACGCUUCAUGCAACUGGACAGUUGAGACAAGUCCUAUGGUUAGACAACGAAUGGACUUUGUUGAACAGUCAACCGAGAGAAGAGUGCGACCUACACGCUUACUGCGGAGACAAUUCGAGCUGCAGCAAAGUUUCAUUACCGUUUUGUAGCUGUUUACUUGGAUUCGAGCCAAACAAGGCUGAGCUUUGGAACAAUGGAGAUUUCAAAGAAGGUUGCUUUAGGAAAAAUGAAUUACAGUGUGGCAUUGAACGUCCGGGGACUGCAGAGGAUGGAUUUCAUGAGCUUUCUAAUGUAAAGUUGCCCAAAAAUCAGCGAACUCAAGUGGUUCAAAGCAUUGGUGAAUGCAGGUCAGCUUGCUCGAGUGACUGCUCGUGUUCUGGUUUCUCAUAUACCAAUCGGAAUUGCUCGAUAUGGUGCGGCCGUCUUAUCAAUUUGCAGCAACUUCCAGCUAAUGACAAUUCCGGAACAGAUUUUUAUCUCAAACUGGCAGCUGCAGAUUUGGGGACUAACAGUAAGAUCAAUUGUAACAUUUACGUAUUGUGA